AUGCAGGUUGUCGCUCGCCAAAACCUUCGUCGCGUCGUUCCAAGACUUGCUCGCUGUGUGAACACACAAACACCUGAAUCUGGGCCGAAGACUACCUCGUUUGGGUUCCGGACUGUCCCAGAAGACGAAAAAGAAUAUCUUGUCAAAAAUGUUUUCGACUCUGUCGCGUCCAAAUACGACCUGAUGAACGAUGCAAGCUCUCUUGGCGUCCACCGCUUGUGGAAAGACAGUUUUGUCUCUGGUUUACGACCUGGAAGGCGGGGUCCGUUGCGUUGCAUUGACGUGGCUGGUGGAACAGGUGAUAUUGCGCUGCGAAUAUUGGACUACGCACGCGAGCACUAUGCGGAUAGGGAAACAACUGUAGAGGUUGUUGACAUCAAUGACCAGAUGCUCAAGGAAGGGUUCAGACGGUUCAAAAAGACAAUGUACCAUAAUACUCCCCAAAUAUCAUUCCACGAAGCGAAUGCACAAGAACUCCCGUCUGAAAAGUUCGCAGAUAAUUCCUACGAUUUGUACACUAUCGCGUUUGGCAUCCGAAACUGCACUUCAAUCCCCGCCGUGUUGAGAGAGGCACACCGCGUGUUGAAACCUGGAGGAACCUUCGCUUGUCUCGAGUUCAGCAAGGUUAACAAUCCUCUAUUAAGCCUUGCCUACGACCAAUACUCCUUUACUAUGAUCCCACUUCUUGGGACCAUCCUGGCUGGAGACCGCGCUUCCUACCAAUACCUUGUGGAGUCUAUUCGCAAGUUCCCUCCCCAACCCGAGUUCGCCAACAUGAUCAGAGAAGCUGGGUUCUCAACGGGGGAAAGACAUGGAUGGAGCGUAUAUAAUGUCAAGCCUAUCUCCCUGCAGACACUCAUGCAUCUGCCCUUGUUCAUUUCGAUUGCUCAAAGCCUUUGGGUCGUUGGUGCUGCCGUUACGCGUCAGUCACAACAUCCACUUGUUGCUGCCGACCACUCUCUUCCUGUUCUCAACGAACAGCUUGAUGCAGCAAUUCUAGACAUCCUUCGUCAAUUCAAGACUCCCGGUGGUAUUGGGGUGGCUGUUGUGUCCAAGACGCCUAGUGGUGCCUGGCAGCUAGAGAGCAAGGGCUACGGAAACGCGACAAAAGACAAGCAAGUAACUGCCGACACACUAUUUGCGAUUGGCUCCAAUUCCAAGCUCUUCGACAUUAUCGCCACCGGCCUUCUAAUUUCGAACGAAUCGCUCACUCCCCGCAUCUCAUGGACCUCCAAGAUCGCUUCUCUGAUUCCGGAGUGGAAACUUAUGGAUCCUGUAGCUUCAGGUGAGAGCACAAUAAUUGACCUUAUGAGUCAUCGCACAGGCCUGCCGCGACAUGAUUUCAUGGCGCCGCUCAAUGCUCACCCGAGAGACAUGAUUUUAAACCUUCGGCAUCUACGACCCUCGACGGGUUUCCGGGAACAACUGCAAUACAAUAACCAUAUGUACGCCACCCUCUCGUACCUUCCGGAAAGCAUACUGGGCAUUCCUUACGAGCACUACGUGGAAGAAAACAUCUUCAGUCCCAUCGGAAUGCUGGACACUACAUUCUUCUAUGCGGAUGCUGUCAAAAAUGGCAAUCUAGCGACCAGCUUUUACAGGGAGCAAGCAAAUAUGACCAAAGACCCUUUCGACCACGGUCAAACUCGUGAAUUUGAGUUUUGGGACCGCAGUGAAUCUGGCCAUGCGGCUUCUGGUGCAGGUGGUGUUAUUUCAAGUGCGCGUGACAUGGUAUGUGCUUGCGUCUUUGUGCCAUAUAGCUCCGCCAACUGUCAACAGGCCCGCUGGAUGCAAGUUCUCCUUGCGGAAGGAACGAAUACAGCGAAUGAAAGCAUCAUACCUCCAGAAAUUCUUCGGAAGGUGUCAGAGGGAAUUACCGUUAUACGACCGACUGCUGCUUUCCCAGAGUUGUCCCCUGUGGUAUACGGCGGUGGCCAAAUGCGUUCAACGUAUCGAGGCUUCGAGAUCAUUGAGCACGGAGGGAGUACUCCAGGUUUCAAGGCUCAAGUUUCGCGUAUCCCAACAAAGAAUCUGGGAGUCGUCGUUCUAUCCAACGAAGAAAACCUGGGGGGCAUGCUCCAGGAGGCCGUUAAGUUUCGGAUAUUCGAUGAAGUGUUGAAGCUCGAUCCCAUUGACUGGACAGACCGUUAUCGCUCCGCAGUCGCAAAUUCAAUUUCCCCUGAUCCUAUUCCCCGUUCCCCCGAUGCAAAACCCCCUUCCGUUCCCUACGCAUCAUUGGCCGGUAGAUACAGCAAUGCUGCGUAUCGGGACCUCGACUUUUGUUUAUUCUGGAUGGACGAAACCACGGGCGAUGUGUGCCAUUCUUUGAGGAAAGAAAUCACUCAACGGCUUCCUAACGUCCUGGAUCCCAACGUUCCUACUCUGGUCUCGCGCUUUGACAGCAUAAUCUCUAAUUAUCUGCAAAUGUCGCACUUCGCAGGCAACAUGUUCAACCUGACAGCACUAUUCAGCAAUACUGUUAACGAUGAUACAUGGGUUCUAAAAGUUCCAGGGCUCCGCGCAGAAUUUGAGGCGGUCGAUGGGAUUAUUGGAUUUGCGCCGAUAGAUAUAUGGGGCGCUGGGGAUCGUGUGCCUGCUUCAUUGGGCGAGACGGUGAAAGAGCGGGCUGAGGUUUGGUUUGACAAAGUUUAA